CACCAUAACAACAUCCCCGAUCAUCAUCAUCAUCCUCAUUAUUAUGAGCUCUGCUGUGCAGUCUGUCUGUCUGUCUGCCUCAUCACCAGCUUAUUUCUCACCUCCCUUGAAGUAUUUUAAAAUCUAACAUAUUCACACAAGAUUUAUUGGGUUCUGUCUCUUUGAGAGGUUCAUAAUCUGAGCUAAGAAUAACCGAAACAGCAUUUAGACCAUUUUACACGUUAUUAAUUCAACAAAUAAGACGAGAAAUAGAGCUGUUAUUGUCUUCUGGACGUUUUACUGCAUUUUCCGGACCUGACAGUGUUGUUAUUGUUAAUCAUCCACAGGGACAAAAGCACCAGCUGUGACAUGGGAGAUGUUUAGAGAUGGAGAAACACAAGAGUUCUGGUGAAGAGGACAGUUCUAGGGAGAGAGGUCUGCUCUAUAAGUGGAGAGGAUAUUCCUACAGCACCACACCAGAGAGGGUGCUGCUCUCCCGGCCGGUGCUCCAGGCUGCCCUCGGGGCCAGACAUGGUGUUCUCCUUGUAGAGGGGGGACAAGUCUACAGUUUUGGUGAGUUGCCAUGGAAGCAAAACCAAGGGUCAUCAGUGGCAACUGAGCCCAUUCUGGAGGCGGUGCUUAGUGAACAACGUGUCAUUUUUGUGGCAGCUGGCUCCGCCCACAGUGGAGUCGUAACAGAGGAUGGAGGCGUGCACAUGUGGGGAGAAAACAUUCACGGCCAAUGUGGCCUAUCAGGACUCUCUGUUAUCCCUAACCCCACCCCUGUGGGAGUGGUUGACUCUGAGACCAUGCCUUCUCAGACAAUAAAGAUCCAGGAGGUGGCAUGUGGGGAUGAGCACACACUGGCUCUUUCAGCCAAGCACGAAGUCUGGGCUUGGGGGAGCGGCUGCCAGCUAGGCCUGAACACCUCAACUUUUCCUGUCUGGAAGCCCCAGAAGGUGGAGCACCUGGCUGGAAGGCAUGUUCUGCAGGUGGCCUGUGGAGCCUCUCACAGCCUGGCUUUAGUGCGCUGUCUGCCCCCUCCACAGGAACCUUGCAAACCCCCUCCAGACAAGUGUGGCCAGUGCCAUCAGCUGCUCUACACAAUGACAGACAAGGAGGACCAUGUUAUCAUCUCUGAUGGCCAUCACUGUCCACAAGGGGUUGAGCUUGAGAACACUGAGACUAAAUCUGGCUUAGAAUGUAGCCCAGAUCAGGGGUUACUGGAUAAGACAGGUAAGAACUCUCCCUCGGAACCCAGCGAGAUCCCAAAAUCACCUACCUCCAGCACCAACCCUGUAUCUACACCUCCCUCUUCAAGCACACCUGCUUCUGAACCUCAAAAUCAGGCACCUGUAUAUGGCCAAGAACCUGCAGAACUAGCCUUAAAAGACUCAAAUAAGCCUGAAGAUCCAGUCAUUAAUGGAGAGGCUUGUGUUGAAGCCUCAGAGACCAGCAUCCCUGAGCCGGACUGCUGUAAGACCACAAGUGGGUCUGUGUUAGGAACAGGGAUGAAGUCCUCUCCAUACCCAGAUGAGCAGGCAGUGAAGGCCUACCUGAAGAGACUCUCUGAUCACUCGCUGCCAGAACACACGGCCAAGACCUCCAGUACGCUUCACUCUGCUCAGCUCUCUGGUGACCCUGCUGAUGCUUUCACAUGUAACCCCUUGAUUCCGGUUGCCCAGUCUGUGACUCCAAUGGGGUCAGCGCUAAAUAACCUAGUGGUGUCGUGUGCAUCUGCAGUUGGGGAGCGUGUAGCAUCCACAUAUGAGGCGCUCUCCCUGAGAAAAGUGAUUGGUUACUGGGUUCCAGGAGAGGGGCGUGAGCGAGUUGAGGAGAGACUGCGUCAAGAGGAGCCCAUGCAGGGGAAGAAAAGCUCCAGCCUGGGGGACAUUCGUGAGGAGGAGGCGGAGCUUAGCCGUCGCCUCUCUCUGCCUGGCCUGCUCUCUCAGGGUAUACACCUUCUUCUCUUACACUCUGUGUACCAUCUCUGUAAGUCUGCAUGGAGAGGUGUCCCAUAUAUUGCUGUUGCCAUGGUUACAGACAAUGCAGAGUCUCAGGUGAAGGCGUCGUCUUCCACUGCAGCGACUGAAGUGUCUCCUCGUCUUUUGCGACGGACGAGCCGUCCCCGAAUGCGGGCUGUUCCGAUUGCUUCAGAAGGCGUACCUGAGGCCGACACCAGCCUGCCUUCCUUGCAGACAGAAGUGUGGAGCUGGGGGCGGGGCCAGGAAGGGCAGCUUGGACAUGGAGACCUGCUUCCCAGAGCGCAGCCCAUCUGUAUUAAGAGUCUGAAUGGUAAAGAGGUGCUGAGAGUGGCUGCAGGUGCUCAUCACUCUCUCGCCCUUACAGCACAAUCACAGGUGUUCUCCUGGGGCUGUAACACCUCUGGACAGCUGGGACACAUGGAAUCACCCACCACCUUCCCCCAUUUAACCAAGCUGUCAGAGGGGAUUCGUGUCUGGGAUAUAGGGGCGGGGCAACAGCACACUCUCCUAUUGGCUGAUGGAGAUUGCAUCCAGCCAAUCCUGUACUACAGUGGGCAGCAGGUGAAAGAGGAGGUGGAGCAGAUGGGAGAGGAGCAAACAGGGGAGUACACACAGCAGCCUGUGCUGCUCCCCUUUUGUAUGAAUCUGGGCUAUGUGAGCAGUGUGUGUGCGGGUGGACAGAUUUGCGCGGCAUUGGCGGACCAUAAUGUAAUGGGUUUUAUUGCCAGUCUGCAUGAGCUGGUGGCCACAGAGAGAAAAUACUACUGCAAACUCAGCAAUAUCAAGAGACUCCUGCUCCAACCACUGCUCAAACUGGACUCUUUAAGCUCCACCCUCGGUCAGUCCACUGCAGGGCUGCUGCAGAAUCUGAUUGGACGAUUGAGUCGACUGUCUCAGCUAACGGGUCAAAACUCUGCCUUAUUGAGCUCUAUCCUGCGGCGCUCGCGUGAUAUCCGAGGUCUUGCUCUUCUUGACGAUGCACAUCUGUUCCUGGACACUUAUUCAGAGUACUGUACUGCAGUUGGUGAUCUCAUAGUCAUGGGGGGAUUUCAGACACUUGUCAAACCUUGCAACGAUGUGUUUGGGAAGGGGGCGGAGGUUGUUCAGAGGUUGUCUGAGUGCUCUGAAGAGGGUUUGCCCUUAGCUGAUAAUCUGGCUCAUCUCUUUUACCUGCCCUUAAUGCACUUGCAUGAAUAUGGACGACUGCUGCUCAAACUGGCUACCUGCUAUGAAGUGCACUCGGUGGAUUAUCAGAAGCUUCAAGAUGCCUGCUCCAAAUACGAGUCAAUGGCUCUUCAUCUGAAGAGGAGGAGGAAGGAAGCAGAGUACACACUCCACUUCUGGAAGACCUUUCCUGGAAAGAUGACCGACUCCCUCCGGAAGCCGUCUCGUCGGCUGAUCUGUGAAAGCAGUAAUAAAGCUUUGAGUCUUCAGAACGCAGGGCGUUUUUCUGUCAACUGGUUCAUCCUCUUUAACGAUGCGCUCGUCCAUGCACAGGGCAUGGUCCCCUAUAAGAGUCUUUUUUCCACUCAUCACGUCUUCCCAUUGGCUACGCUGUGGGUGGAGCCUAUUUCUGAGGAAAACACUGGCCUGUAUGGUUUAAAGGUGACAUCACCAGAGGAGAGCUUCACUCUGAUGGCCUCCUCACCAGCUGAAAAGGCAAAGUGGCUUCGUUCUAUAAACCAGGCGGUGGAGCAGGCGCUUAGUGGACUGGGGCAUGAUGGGAUACCUCCUUCCACAGGGUUGACGCAGAGAGCAGACCCACCUAUUUCACGCACGGCAUCGUACACGUUCUACAAAGAGAGUCGGCUCAAGGAGGCCACGUACGAGGGACGAUGGGUCUUGGGAAAACCCCAUGGGCGGGGCGUGGUCAAAUGGCCGGAUGGAAGAAUGUAUACAGGGACAUUCAAGAACGGCCUUGAAGAUGGUAUUGGAGAGUACGUGGUACCAAACAAAAACCUGAACAGCUGUGAUCAUUACCAAGGGCAAUGGAAAGAUGGCAAGAUGCAUGGCUUUGGAACGUUCAAGUACGCCUCCGGUGAAGUGUACGAGGGCUUGUUUCAAGAUAACUUGCGUCACGGUCAUGGGAUGUUGAGUAGUGGGAAACUGAACUCCACCUCUCUCAGUGUCUUCAUUGGCCAGUGGCAAUACGACAAGAAAUCUGGCUAUGGCAUUUUUGAUGACAUCACCAGAGGGGAGAAAUACAUGGGUAUGUGGCUGGAUGAUCAGCGUCAGGGGAAUGGAGUUGUUGUUACACAGUUUGGCCUUUACUAUGAAGGUGCUUUCAGUAACAACAAGAUGAUGGGCACUGGUGUUUUACUCUCUGAAGAUGACACCACAUUUGAAGGGGAGUUUUCAGAGGACUGGACUUUAAGUGGAAAGGGUGUGUUGACGAUGCCUAAUGGAGACUACAUUGAAGGUUCUUUCAGUGGGGUUUGGGGAACCGGUCUAAAGAUCUCCGGUUCCUACUACAAACCCAGCCUCUAUGACUCAGACAAGGACAAGCCUAAUGCAAUUAAGCUGGGUAGGAUAGCGGUCCACUCUGAGGAGAAGUGGAAGGCUGUGUUUGUUGAGUGCUGGAAGAGUCUGGGCUGUGAUUCUCCUGGAAUGGGACAAACCAGUAUAGCAUGGGACAACAUCGCCAUAUCACUCACUGCUAACAGGAGACAGCAGAGAGACAGUCCAGAGUUGCUGAGUCGCUCUCAUCAUAAAACACUGGAGAGUCUUGAGUUUAUCCCGCAGCAUGUGGGUCCUGUUACAUUAGAGGUGUAUCAUACAAUCCGCCGGUACCUUGUCAAGGCAUGUGACACCCCGCUGCAUCCUCUGGGUCGGCUGGUGGAGACGUUGGUUUCGGUGUACCGUAUGACGUAUGUUGGUGUUGGAGCAAAUCGUCGAUUACUGCCCCAGGCCGUCAACGAGAUCAAGUCCUAUCUCUGUCGCAUCUUCCAGCUUGUCAGGUUCCUCUUUCCUGAUCUGCCAGAGGAAGGCUGUUCACUGGCCGAGCCUCCUAAAGAGAAGAGUGACUCAGACCCCACUGGGAAGCAGCUGGAGUCUCCUAAACCUGGGUGUGUGGUCAGUAGCUCUGCUCUCCUCCUUCCGGUACUUUUGCCACGUCUCUAUCCUCCUCUCUUCACUCUCUACGCUCUAGAGAAAGAGAAGGAGGAUGAUGUGUACUGGGAUUGUGUGUUACGACUCAACAAACAACCAGACCUCGCACUGCUCGCCUUUCUUGGGGUUCAACAGAAAUUCUGGCCUGUGACUGUUACUGUACAUGGAGAAAAACAACAGGUAAUUUCAAGCACUAAGGACGCCUGUUUUGCCUCAGCAGUUGAGACACUACAGCAAAUCAGCACAACUUUCACGCCUUCAGAUAAGCUCCAGGUCAUCCAGCUGACCUUUGAAGAGAUAACCCAGGUUGUACUUGCACUCCUGAAACAAGAUUUCCUGUGGUCUAUGGAUGACCUGUUUCCUGUCUUCCUCUUCGUUGUUUUGCGUGCACGUAUACGGAAUCUGGGGUCAGAGGUCAGCCUGAUUGAAGACCUGAUGGAUCCGUGUGUACAACAUGGCGAGCAUGGAAUCAUGUUCACCACGCUCAAGGCAUGCUACUAUCAAAUCCAGCAUGAGAAGGUCACGUAAUGAAAAGUUUCUUCAAACACCUCUGGAAUGACUGACAAACAGACCAGCCAAUCAAAGUGUAUCUGUGGAGGAAUGAUGCUGUGACCUGACGUGUGAUGAGCCAGUCACAUUCUGUGCCUGGUCCACAAAGCCCAGGGAGGGUUAUACCGCUGGCUGAGGUCCCAUAGUCACACCAAACCAUCCAGUUUUCUGGGGAAGUUAGUCUUUGGUUGUGGCAAGGAUUUUUUGCAUCUAUACUGCAUCUGAAACGAUUCUAACAUUUAUUAUUUAAUAUUUUUGUGUCUUCCUCACUUAGUUUAUAAUGUUUGAGGCUUUUUAACUGCUACUGUUACACCACUACCAAGAUGAUGUAACAUCAUUCACAUCUGGUAUGAUUAUAUGGUUUAUUCUCAGUGUUUCACUGGCUCAGAAUUGAAGGGUCAAUUCCACAGAAUGAAAGGAGCUUAACAUAGCAAUGACUCUAUAAGCAGACGCCAGCCAUAUUGAUGUAUGAAGUUAUCAUGGUUGCCAUCUACCUCUGUCUUUGACGUAAACUACCCAUUAACCGAAAUUGUUCCUGAUAGUAUUAGAUCAUUCAAUGCCAUGAGCACACUGCCUUGGACCUCAUUCAUGCAUCCAUUCGUAAAAAUGCAACAAGAUAUGUGUCUUAUUGAUAAAUGACCAUGAAUAAAUGGCAAGACAUGGACUGUUGUCCCACAAGCAGAUUUGUGUUCAAAUAUCUGCCUGACAUCUGAUCCAUUUGGAAUACAAUUGGUGGGCUGUUUUAUCUUUUUCCAUGCACAGAAUUGAUGACCUGCUUUAUUCUAUGUAAAUCUGUGUUUACAGGCUUCUUAGUUCGAUUGAACUUAUUAUUGUAACAGUUUGUUGGUCAACACUGUUUGUUCAUUCUCUAUGCAGUCGCACAGCAGUCCCCAAGUCCUUUCUGGGGAAUAUGAAGUAUUUUUUGUGUUCAAAUGGCUUUUUCCAGUUGCAGACGACUUUCAAACUUUCAUUCCAUAUAACAUUUGGAAUUGUUUCAAACCAUGGGUGUUUAAUGUGAGGGUGGAGUAUAUUAGGGUCAGGGACUCGCAUGUUUUUGUUAACAUACCGAAUCUGCGAAAGCAGGACGAAAGUUUUGAGGUCUUGCUCCCAUGCACCACAACGCUCAAGCAAGGAUGUAGAUUUGGUUUGAACAUGGGGAGGGGGGAGGGGGGAGGGGGGUUGCAGCGUGAACCAUUUAUAUUUUUCCAUUGAUCAAGGUUUAAAUAUUGGGGGGGUUGUACUUGCUUGUUUUGAUUAUUGGGAGGAAUACCAUCCCCCCCGGAAUCUAAGAUUUGCAUGCUGAACUAAUUUUACUAUGAGAUCUGCUUUCUACAAAUCUCAGUGUUCACGUUAAGAGUCACUAUUAGCAGAAAGUUCAUCAUGAAGCACAAACACUGUAACAUUUAUUGCUGAAACUAGUACUUCUUUCUUAACAUAUAUGUUAAUAAUGGAUAGUUCAUCUAAAAUGAAAUUUCUGUCAUAAUGUACUCACCCUCAUGUCAUUCCAAACCUGCAUGACUUUGAGAAAUCUUAAUGAACAUCCCGUUCCAUCUCUCCAACACAAUCACAGUGCUACACAAUCAGUUAAAAGCUUAAAAAAGUGCCUAAAAGUAUCAUAAAAGUAGGCUAUGCAAGUCGUCAUAUUCCAAGUCUUCUGAAGAAGUAUGAUAGGUUUUGGUGUGAAACAGCCUGAAAUUUAAGACAUUUUUCAAUUAAAAUCUUAAUGUCCAUUGUGCAUUCACAGUAGCUUUUCUCCAAAAAACAUAUCAUGUACCUUCAGAACACUUGGAAUAUGAUGAAAGAGUUGCGUGGACUACUUUUAUGAUGCUUUUUUCUGUCUUUUUUUAAGCUUUAAAGUGAGUCACUAUCAACUGAUAUUGUAUUGAAAAGGAAGACCAAGAUAUUCAUUAAAACGUGUGUUCAGCAUUGGAAAGAAAGACAUAUGGGUUUGGAAUGACAUGAGGAUGAGUAGAUGACAUACUUGAAAAUUUUGGGUGAACUAUUCCUUUAAGAAUUCUGAAAAGUGCCUCUGACAGUGUUAUGGAUGUUAUCAUGGCAUCACUAUACCCAGCAAUAGCUACAGUACGAGUUGAGUGUCAAGUUUUAAUGCUAACAGACUAAUGCAAUUUCUUUUAUUGACUUUGUUUUAUUUAUUUGAUGGUUAGGUCUGUGUGCAGCAAAAAUAAUCUGAGCGGUGCAGAUAAUCUGCUGGGCAUUUCACACAGAGCAACAUAAGAACAAUGACAUGAAAAGUGGCUCGGAGUGAGUUUGAAUAAAUGGUUGGAAAAUCCAUUCCCAAGGAUCAGAGAUCUGGAUUUUGAUGUCUGAGCUGUGUCUAAUCGGACAAACUCUGUGAAACUGUUAUGGCAAAGAAUUAUUGAUGUUUACAACCAUUGACACUUGAAAUGUUGCAUGAAUAUCAUGAUUGUACUUUUGGUACAGGAAGUCAAUGGUGCAUAUUUCCGCAUCAGUAUUCCUCUGCUGAGCCAAGGUACCCACAUUAACCAUUAAUGUGUCGCACAUUAAUCGGAAUGUGUGUAUAUGUAAAGUAUGAUGUUUUUGUGUAAUUUGUUUCUUUUAUUGUUCAAGCUGUUACUGACUCGUAGUUCAAAUGGAAGGCAAUAAAUUGAUGACUGAGUUUUUGUCUAAUUAUUUAUUUUAUUAUUUGGGGGGAUUUUUAUGUAUUAGCGUCUGGAAAAGGAUAUUACAGUUUUUAAAGCAUGGAAUCCUCUUGUGAUAUACUUUAUUAAAAUGUCAUCUCUUGCCUAGGGAUGAUUUGCUAAGCAUCUGCUGAACAGAAUAAAACGGCUCUGUGUCAAGUUGUGUUACACAGAGGUUCUGCUGCUCAGACUGUUUGAGGUCACACUAGUUUCAUGAAAGGGAUAUGAUGGUAGGAAUGGAAAAACAAAGACAAAAAAUGUAGGACUUUACUCAAACCCAUCAAAUCAGUUUUGCUAUAUUGUUAAAUUGAUUAAUAGAUGGGAAACUGCAAUAAAUUGACAGUUAUUUCUCAGGAUAGGAUUACUUUUGAAAGUCCUUGCCAAAAAAAAAAAAAAAAAAAAAAAAAACCCUAUUGAACAUUUACACCUUCCCAUGGAAAAAAAAAAAAAAAGAUAGAGUUCAGAUAUUGUUAUCAGGUUUUAUGUGACAAUGGGAACUUGGUGUUCAAUACACCUUUGUGAAGAAUACAUCUUUGUACUAUCUAAAGAAAAAAAAAAUUUGCACAACAUAUGUGUAUUUAAAAUGUCCUUUCUGAAAUAAAUUAAAACAAUUAUGAAACCAAACAAUUCAUGAAUCAAAUGAGUUACAGUUAGGGUUAGGAACAGUUUAAAACUACAACAUGUAAAACUGCAACACUGAGUGUGGCAACAUGCCCUGACAUCAAUGUGAUUGACAUUUAAAUAAAAUAAACCCUUGUCCUGAGAACCUUUAGGUUAAAAUCUGCAUUCAUAAUAUAUUUGACCCCUGCCUUAUGCCAUAAUGGUUUAAUUUUGUUCAAUUAAAUAAAUAUUAUGGGUUCAGUACAAGUU